AUGAAGUUAACAAACCUUUUGAAAGCUAACCAACUUUUUUUUUCUAAAGGAGAUUUCUUUCACAAUUUAGCUUUGGAAUCUACUCUCUUGAAGAGGUAUACCCAAGGUCAACCUAUAUUAUACCUUUGGACACACGGAAAAACAGUUGUAAUUGGUAGACACCAAAAUGCCUGGAGGGAAUGUAAUUUAUAUAAGAUGGGAUCUUAUAAUAUAGCUCUAGCAAGAAGAUAUUCUGGUGGAGGGGCAGUUUAUCAAGAUCAUGGGAAUCUAUGUUUCACAUUUAUAACUGACAAUAUUAAAGAUUACAGGAAAGAGAAUAAUAAGAUUAUUAGUAGAGCUUUUCAAAACCUUGGAAUAGAAAUUGAAGUGAAGGGUAGAAAUGAUAUCUUACUACAGGGGCGCAAGUUUUCAGGCUCAGCUUUUCAAUUAUCAGGAAAUAAAGCAUUACACCAUGGGACUAUAAUGGUUAAUGUUAAUAGAAAAGCUUUAGAGGAGUUUUUAACUCCAAAUAAGACAAAGUUGCAAAGUAAAGGGGUGCAAAGUGUAGCAUCUAGAGUUAUAAAUGUAAAAGAUGUAAUUCCAGAUAUUACGUUAGAGGACAUAAAAACAAGCAUAAUCGAAGAGUUUUGUAAAACUUAUUCUAUUGACAGAGAGCUUGUUGAAUUUGAAAUUAAAGAUCUAAAAAGUGAUGUAAGUCUGUCUAAUAGAUAUCAAGUAAUAGAGAAGGAACAAAAUGGAAUAGAUAAAAAUAUGCAGUACUUCAAUCAGAUUCAAAAUAAUGGUGUGCAUGUAAACACACCAAUUACUAAACAAUUUGCAGAUUAUAUCCCAUUUAAUAAUAUACAUAUUGAUUCUGACAAAGAUAUCAAUACAUUUCUAACAUGCAAUAAACCAGAAAUUGGAGAUGCAAUUAUACAUGAUCAAGUAUAUAAAGAUACAUAUAAGCAACUUAUAUCUUGGGAGUGGAGAUAUGGAGAGUCUCCAGAAUUUUCUACAGUACUUGAGAAAAGAUUUGACUGGGGAUCUUUCCAAGUACAUCUAGAUGUGGAUUCGAGCCUUAUAAAACAAGCUAAAGUAUACUCCGAUUGUCUAGAUGUUAAUCUUGUCAAUUUAUUUCAAGAACGUUUGCAUGGUGUAAGAUGUAUUCAGAAUGACAUAUAUACUUCUAUUACAGCCAUUGAUUCAAAGAACUCAAUAGAACGUGAUCAAAAUAUCGAGGAAUUUGCUAAAUGGAUAAGUGUUGAGGCAAGUACUUAG